GGUCAAGCGUUAAAUAACCACCGCCACCGCCGGAGGAUGGCUUCCAGCUUCAAGAAGCCACAAGUGGCCUCCACCAGCCAGAAAAGAAAGGUGGGACCUAAGCCUGAACUCACUGAAGAUCAGAAGCAAGAAGUUCGCGAAGCGUUUGACCUCUUCGAUGCUGACGGCAGCGGCACCAUCGACGUGAAGGAGCUGAAGGUGGCUAUGCGAGCGCUGGGCUUUGAACCCAGAAAGGAGGAGAUGAAGAGGAUGAUCUCGGAGGUGGACAAGGAAGGCACAGGGAAAAUCAGCUUCAAUGACUUCCUGGCCGUGAUGACUCAGAAGAUGGCCGAGAAAGAUACCAAAGAGGAAAUCCUGAAGGCUUUCAGGCUCUUUGACGACGAUGAAACUGGCAAGAUCUCAUUCAAAAAUCUAAAACGCGUGGCCAAUGAGUUGGGGGAAAACCUCACGGAUGAGGAGCUGCAGGAAAUGAUUGACGAAGCGGACCGGGAUGGAGACGGCGAAGUGAACGAGGAAGAAUUUCUUCGGAUCAUGAAAAAGACCAACCUGUAUUAAUGUUGGUUUCUCAGGCAAGCACGUGCAGAGUUGAGUCUCACUUGCCGGGUUCCCUGCUUCUGUUUUGGGAAACCUUGAUUUAGAGGACUUCACUGCCUCUCUCCUUACCCCCAAUUUGUCUUAAAAGCUCUACUUCCAAAUCUCUAGCUCAAUUACAGAAGUUUAAAGAUGCUUU